AUGCACCGCUCGUACACCCUCGGGUCAUUCGGGAUGUGCUCGCCUAACUUGGACAGGAUAUCCAGAAAUAGGCGCCAACCUGCGGAACAAGACGGCAUCCACCAGGAUGACGACACUUACCCCAUACAGCUAAACGCACCUCUACGCACCUCUACGCGUCACAGCGUCAUGUCGGAAGGAAUCGAUGGGUUGCAGGCCGGUGCUCCCAUGGUCCUCGCUAUCCUCUAUCAAGGUGGUGAAGCUGCUGCCAACGAGCCCCGUUUAUUGGGUACUGUCGAGAACAAGCUCGGAAUUCAGGAUUGGCUCGAAUCUCAGGGGCAUGAAUUCGUUGGUGAGCCUAUCCAUUUUUCUUCGUGCGAGGGCGAUAUUGACUUCAAUCCUCUCUACAGCAAAGAGGGCCCCGAUAGCGACUUCCAGAAACACAUCGUUGAUGCUGAAGUCCUCAUCACCACUCCCUUCCAUCCUGGUUACCUGACCCGAGAGCUGAUGGAGAAGGCGAAGAACCUUAAAAUCUGCGUCACAGCAGGUGUUGGCUCCGACUACAUCGACCUCGAUGCUGCGGUCGACCAUGACAUCCAAGUUCUCGAGGUCUCCGGAUCCAAUGUUGUCUCCGUCGCCGAGCACGUCAUGAUGAGCAUCCUCCUGCUCGUCAGGAACUUCGUCCCCGCCCACGAGAUGAUCGAACGCGGCGACUGGCAAGUCUCCGAGAUCGCGAGAAACGCGUUCGACCUGGAAGGCAAGGUCGUCGGCACCCUCGGUGCAGGCCGCAUUGGCUACCGUGUCCUCCAGCGCUUGGUCCCGUUCAACUGCAAAGAACUCCUUUACUACGACUACGCACCCCUUCCCGCAGCUGCUGCUGAGUCUGUCAAGGCUCGCCGCAUAGUGGACCUCAAGGAAUUCGUUUCCCAGUGCGAUCUCAUCACAAUCAAUGCGCCUCUGCACGACGGCACCCGUGGACUCAUCAACGCAGAGCUGCUGAAGCACUUCAAGAAAGGCGCCUGGAUCGUUAAUACCGCCCGCGGCGCCAUCUGCGACAAGGACGUCAUUGCCGCCGCCCUCGCCAGCGGCCAGAUCACCGGUUACGCUGGCGACGUCUGGAACGUGCAACCUGCCCCGAAGGACCACAUCUGGCGCACAAUGAAGAACCCUCUCGGUGGCGGAAACGGCAUGGUGCCACACUACUCUGGAACGACACUCGACGCCUAA